AACUAGUGCACACAUCUCUAUCGCCCGGCCUUCCACAUCUGCCCAAUGAAUCAGGAGCGGAUGCGAUGUAUCCUUUUUCAGUGGAGUGAAUGGCCAAUGGGAGUUGGCUUGUCGAGCAAACAUUGAGCCCUGCGUUCCCAUUCAUUCAGUGCUGAACAGGCCCGCAGAGCUGGAGAGAGCGCACCGCCGCUGUCUGCGAGCCCGACGACGCUUUUUCAGCGAGCGCAGACUCCCCGCAACAGUAAGUGCCAGCCGAACUCUCCGUGCGUCCCCGAAGAGGACACAGUCUUGGAUAUAAGCUGCUUGAUCUCAUCCCUGCGACACCUCUCCUUUUUUUUCUUUACGCUGUUUUUUUAUUUUAUUUUCACACCAACUCCUGCGGGACUUCUUCUGUAUCUAGGUUGCCCUAAAGAUCGGCCUCCCAAGUGCGCAGCAGUUCUCCGGGUUGCCUUCCUUCCCUCCUCCAUCAGAGCUCCACCGUGGAUUUACUUUGUGUUACCCGGGGACGAAUGCAUGCGUAACCCGCGCUGUGGACUCCUCUGCUGAACCCACCGAGAAAAAGGGAAUAACGCAAAGGGAUACACUCGCACUUGGAUUAACAGGCUGUGAAUGUUAUGCAUCAGACCUCCUAGUCUACGUUUGGACAUUGCCCCUUCCUUUUUGGAUGGAGUUUUGGUAGGCUACACGAUUGAUGGAUUCGACGUUAUGGAUGGUUGCAUAUAGGUUUUCCGAUGCAUGCCAAGUCCACGGUGAAUGUCGGAAGUGGUGAUCCCCCCAGAUGGAGCUCCAAAGUCAACAUGGCCCCGGCGGUUCAUUAGUGGUGAUCCAGCAGCCUUCCCUAGAGAGCCGGCAGAGGUCGGAUUACGAGCGGGAGCUCCAGCAUGCCGCCAUUCUCUCCCUGGACCAAAUCAAGGCCAUCCGCUCCAACAACGAGUACACCGAGGGGCCCUCGGUGGUACGGAGGCCCCCUGCGCCUCGCAUGGCCCCCAGGCCCCAGGACAAGCAGGAGAGGACUCACGAGGUCAUCCUCGUCAAUGUGAACAACAAUUAUGAGCACCGGCCAUCAGGUCACCACCAUCACGUCGGGGGCAGCGUGGUGGUUGUGGCAGGGGGACAGCAGUAUGGUGGGUCCCGGGCGCCGGGGCUCAGCCGCUCCACUAGCACAGGAAGUGCCGCCAGUUCAGGGAGCAACAGCAGCGCCUCCUCUGAACAGGGACUCUUGGCACGCUCGCCCCCCACCAGGCCCGGCAUGAGCUUACAGCACCACCACAGAGCGGAGCGGCCUGUUCGGACUCAGCCCAAGCCCAAGGCCCUUUUACAGCCCCAGCAGGGACCUCACUUCCACCAGCCUCCACUAGAGGCUCCACUCAAGCCCCAGGGCAAAGGGAAAUCAGACUUUUCUAGCUCUGGCAACGGGGUGGUGGCUGCUGCUGGGCACCAGUUCAUCUGUGAGCGCUGUGGGAAGUGCAAGUGCAGUGACUGUACGGCUCCCAGGAGCCUGCCUUCAUGUCUGGCGUGCAAUGGCCAGUGCCUCUGCUCUGCUGAGAGCGCGCUGGAGCACGGCACGUGCAUGUGCCUGGUUAAGGGCAUCUUCUACCACUGCUCCAAUGACGAUGAGGGGGACUCUUGUGCUGACCACCCCUGCUCGCUGUCACGCUCCCACUGCUGCUCUCGUUUCCUGUGCAUGGGAUUAAUGUCGGUACUCUUCCCCUGUCUGCUAUGCUACCCACCUGUCAAGGGGUGUCUGAAGGCGUGCCAGGGCUGCUACGACCGGGUUAACAGGCCCGGCUGUCGCUGCAAGAACUCCAACACUGUCUAUUGCAAACUGGAGAGCUGGGCCCCACAGAGCCAGGAGAAACCUUCCUGAUCGCCCCUGUGUGUGUUUGUGAUUGCGUGUGCGCGGGAGACUCUUGAUGUGGAUCUUAUGAUGACAAUGAUAAUGAUGAUGAUAGUCACAAAUUAAUGUUUAUCAAACAUUCUAAGCACCUCCCACCAGCCUCCCCCUCCUCGCUGCGGAAACCUAAGGAGCUAAGCAAAGGAGUAACGAAAACCACUCAAUUAUUUUUAUUUUCUCUGGAUCAGGACCAUGUUUUUACAGACCAGUGUUUGCCUUAACUGUUUCUAUGUCUAUCCUCAGCUCCUCAUUAACACUAUUUUUUUAUACAUAUGAAAAAAGUUUUUCUUCCGUUUUAGGUAGGCAGUUUCCUCUGGGUCUGUGCGCCCGGCGGGAACUGCCUCUCACCAAAUCUGUGAAGGACGAUCUACUAUAGGGCAAUUAUGUAGCUGUUACCUGGUAUUCAUAGCAAGCAGGUAUGUUUGAAUUUAUUGGUUGCUGCCACACUAAAACCGUGGUUCCUAUGCUCAUGUUGCAUUAACAAAAGCACAUCCAUCUCAUAGUAUUUUUUUUUCCUCCACUUGGAUAUGUUUCUCUCCUUCCACCCAUCUGAACUCUUCAUACACAUUCUGUGGCAUUCUCCCAUUGUUUUAUUUUUUUCUUUAUUUUUGUGUAAAUUGUAUGCUCAAAAUCCAUAAGAGGAAUUCUGGCUAUUUUUUAAAAAGAAAAAAUGUCUGUUAAAACAUUUUUUUUGUUGUAAAAAAUAUUUAUUAUGUGAAGCUCUAUUAUUUUAUGAUAUUUAUUGCAAGAGACAGUCUUAAAUUUACUCAUGUCUGAAUAUAACAAAAUAUCAAAUACUUACUGAAAAAUUAAAGGGUGGCACAAAAGAAAACUAUGUUAACUUUAAUGCAGAAAAUAUAUUAAUUAAUGAAAAACA